UCCCUUCUACGGCGUCAUGGUAGGUCCGUUAACCGCCAUUUUCAAUCAUUCAACGGUUCCGUGCUCAAGCCUUCGCACGUCACGCAACACUUCAUCAGUAACUAUAUGAAGAGGAAACGCAGAAGCAACGACGAGGACGACGACUAUAUUCGAAAGAAAAUAAGAAAAUUGGAGCGCAGACUUUGGCAGAAGUCACGCCGCCGCAUAAGAAUGGUCGACUCGUCAGAAAAUGAUAGCAGCGGCGAAGACGAGUCCGUUUCGGCGGAUAUUGAACCACGUGCUUCACGUCGAGCCUCGGCGGGUCAAAGGUCUGCUUCAUCAGCACCGGGGACAUCGCACCAGGAGGAAACAGCUGCAGCGCAACCCAGCCGAGAUCCUGUACGUCCGACAUCUCCUCAACCUGGCCCGUCGUCUGCGCCAGAUCAGUACGUACCUACCGAACCUGCACAGCUCGCUCAAACCGCGGAGCCCGCACCGUCCUCGCUCGAGGACAUAGAAUUGGACGAGGAUAUCCUCAAUUUACUGGGCGAGGCACCAAAAUUGGAUACGCCGUUGGGAAAAGGUAUACACAAGGACGUAGCUUGUAGAUGGCAGGAAGUAUUAAACAAGGGAUUACAAAAAGAAGUUAAAGACAAGUUAGCUGAAGAAUACCUAAUACCUGACAAUUGCACUUUGUUAGUCCCUCCUAUUUUAAACGCCGAAGCAAAAGCAGCGUUGACUGAUGCCUUGAUAAAAAGAGACACCUCUUUAAUGCUUAGACAAAAACAGAUAGCGUUAGCGUUGUCGGCACUCUCACAGGCUACGAAUUUUCUAAUAAAACAGAAGUCUUCGUCGCCUGCCAUACUAAAACCUAUUAGCGACGCAUGUCGUAUUCUAUGCGACUCUCAUUUUACCGAGACUAAAAUGAGAAGAAACUUUGUGAUUUCCGCUAUAAACACGGAUUUGAAGGAUACUUUGACUAAUACCGAAAGGGACAAAUUUUUAUUUGGCGAGAACGUAUCUGAGAAACUGAAAGCUGCGCAGACUGUACAAAAAUCAGGAGAUACAUUAAAAAAUACACAGAAGUCAUAUAAUCCAUUUAAUAAAUCAAAUUUCAUAAAGAGAAAUAGGUAUCAACAAAAUAAAGGAAAUUUAAACUACAACACCCCGUAUCGGAAGAUGACGAAUUACAACAGCAAGUCGGAUGCGGGGCGGCCUCGUGCAGCAGCGCGGCCCGCGCCGGCGCCCUCCAGCAGAUACAACACCCGCUACCGGGCCCGGGAGCGCCAGCGCGAACGCUCGCGCACACCUCCUCGGAGAUACCAGCGGAGACAAUAGACCAUGAGGUAAAAUACGCCGGCCGCUUGCAGUACUUCACUGAAUCCUGGUCUGACAUCACUGAUGACCCUGUUAUUUUAUCGUGGACACAGGGUUAUAAAAUACCAUUUUUAUCUCAUCCAAUUUGUCAAGAUCCUCCAGUAGUUUAUUCAAAAUCAGAGCAAGAAAGAUUUGAUUACAAUAUGGCUAUUAAAAAACUAUUACAAAUAAACGCAAUUUCAAUAUGCGAACACCACCCUGACGAAUUCCUAUCUAGCGUAUUUUUAAUACCUAAACCUGACGGUAGUAAGAGAUUUAUUUUAAAUUUAAAACGUCUAAAUGAAUAUGUAAAAACGACCCAUUUUAAAAUGGAGGAUUAUCGUACAGCGUCAAAACUAAUUACGAAUAAUUGUUACAUGUCUACGAUUGAUUUAAAAGAUGCAUAUUAUCUUAUCCCCAUUUACAAACCACAUAGAAAGUAUCUUCGUUUCAUGUUAGAUGAUGUUUUAUACGAAUUUAAUUGUUUAUGUUUUGGAUUAUCAUCCUCGCCGUAUGUGUUUACAAAAAUUCUAAAACCAGUAUAUGAAUACCUCAGACGCGAGAAGUACCUCUCUUGUUGUUAUUUAGAUGAUACCCUCUGUAUAGGAAAAACAUACGAUGAAUGCAGACAGAACGUAAAUUUAACAAUAUCUACAUUAACGAAGCUUGGUUUUCUAAUUAACUAUGAAAAAAGUAGCUUGAUCCCUAGCACCAGUUGCAAAUUUCUAGGAUUUAUAUUCGAUUCAGAAAAUAUGCAAUUAAAAUUACCCUCAUCAAAAAUAAAUAAAAUUAGAGAAAAUGUCAAUUCAUUUCUGAACGUUAGUAAGUGUAAAUUACGAGACUUUGCAAAACUUAUUGGUCUUCUUACGGCAGCUUGCCCUGCAUUACAAUUUUCCUGGUUGUACACUAAAUUACUUGAACGACAUAAAUAUUUAUGUUUACUUAAUAACCCUAGUUACAAUGCAGUUAUAUCAAUCCCAAAAACCUUACAUUCUGAUUUAUUAUGGUGGGCACGACACGUAGAUCGUAAUUUCAACCCUUUUAGAUUUAAUCAAUUUGAAACUGAAAUUUAUUCUGACGCUUCUACUACAGGAUGGGGGCUUACAACAAUGGUAAUGAAGCUCACGGGUAUUGGAAGCAGUCUGAAAGAUUAUGUCACAUAAAUGAGCUAGAAUUGAAAGCAGCAUUUUUUGGCUUAAAGGUUUUCGCUCAUGAUAUGUAUGAUUGCGAAAUCCUCUUACGUAUUGACAACACCACGGCCAUUUCAUGUAUAAAUAGAAUGGGUAGUGUGCAAUUCGAACAUUUAAACUUAAUUGCAAGAGAAUUAUGGCAGUGGUGUGAAAAUCGUAAAAUUAUGGUUUUUGCUUCAUACAUAAACACGAAGGAAAACAUUCAAGCUGAUGAAUUAUCCCGUAAAAGAUUUAGCGAUACCGAAUGGGAAUUAGGAAAUUAUGCUUAUGAUCAAAUAAAACAGUUAUUUGGUGACCCGGAAGUAGAUUUAUUUGCCAGUAGAUGUAAUACAAAAUGUCACAAAUAUGUCACAUGGAAAAAUGAUCCCGACGCUUGGAAGAUAGACGCUUUUACAAUAUCUUGGAGAAAACUAUAUUUUUAUGCUUUUCCUCCAUUCGCUUUGAUUUUAAAAAUGCUUCAAAAAAUUAUACACGAUCGAGCAGAGGGCAUUGUAGUUGUUCCAAAUUGGCCGACACAACCUUGGUUCCCAUUAUUUAAACAAUUAAUCGUUUCAGAGUCCAUACAUUUUGAUCCGAAUAUUUAUUUGUUGCAAUCUCCUUUCAGAACAACCCACAGUCUUCACAAGACUCUGUCACUAGUUGCCGCCAAAUUAUCAGGAAAGCGCUAUUGAAGAGGUCAUUGACCCCUAGGUCUGUAGAAAUAAUGUUGUCUUCUUUAAGCGAUAGCACUUACAAACAAUAUAAUGGUUGUAUACAGUCAUGGCUUACAUUUUGCAAAAACAAUGGAUAUGAUUAUGAAAAUACGUCGGUAGAUGUUGUAAUUAAUUU